AUGUGCAGAGGAAUAAGGAUGACAAGAUUACACAGACACAGUUUCAUCUGGAGGACGGAGAAACUGCCUGAGACAGUGUGAGUUGUUACACCAACAGGCCUCGGGCAUGGCACCAGACGUGGAAAGGAUCAUCCAGAGCAUCAGCCUAGGAGACCAGGACACAGUCCAGCUCCUGCUGGACAGCUAUAACACCCAGUAUGCAGAGUGCUUCUUUUUUAACACUGAUGCACAGGAAAGAAAAAAGCAACAACAGCUGGAAGAGUUCAGAAAGAACAAAAUAAGGGACUGUCCUCCUAACUUUGAUUCGGAUAUUGACUCAGAUGAUGAAAGACCAGAUCUUCUUCUCAGAGAGGAUUUGGCUGCAGCCCUGCUGUGCUUUGUCAGUGGUCAACUGCAGCCUGCAGUGUUACGGGCUUGUCUGCAUACUCUGCGAAUCCUCUCCCGUGACCGCAGAGCCCUUGGACCGAUGGUCACAGAUGGCGCCCUUUUCACCCUGGCACACCUGGGAGGCAUCGAUCUUCUUCAGCCCUGCCAGCUGCAUGACAGGAGUAAAACUGAAGCUCAGUGGGACAGAACACAAAUACACAGAGCAGAAGCAAGCGGUUGUCAGGGAGCAGCAGAUGCUGAUGUGAAGUGUGCAGUUUCCUUUUCUGUUCCCACCAAAGAAGUUUGUGUUUCCACCACAAAUGGCUCUGAUCGUCACUUCUAUAAGCAAAGAGGUAAUGAAGGUCACCUUGUGCUUGCUCCUGGAAAGAAAGAUGCCCGGGAAGAGGACAGUGAGAAGGACAGAAAGGAGGAGGAUGGGGAGGUGUGCAGGAAGGAGGCCAUGAAAGUCUUGUGUAAUUUAAUAUACAACAGUCCCAAGGCACAGGAGAGAGCCAGCGCACUGAGACUUCUGCAGGGAUUAUGGGAGAGUCUGAAGCAGGGCAUCUGGAGUAGGGCGCCACCCACUGGCCAGUUUUACAAGCUAAGGCUGCUCUUCUUACUAACAGCUCUGAGGCCUGAGCUCAGGCUGCAGCUACAGCAGGAGCGCGGUGUGUUGGUGCUGACCACAGCCUUGGAGCAGUACCUGUCUUUGAGGUGGGCUGAGGGACAUCAGCUGAUCACUGACAGCACAGCACCUCCCAUCUCCAAGGAGGUGUCCCAGGAUGUCAUCGAGAUCCUCAAGACUAUCUUCAACAUUGCUCACAGGUUCUACAGGCAGGAGCCCGAUGAGGUGAAACCACAAACCCCCCAUUUGUUGCUCAGCUUUCUUACUGAAGAAAAUGACCUGAGUAUGUCAGCAGCAGUCAUAAUAAAGACUGACAGAAUCCCUCACGUGUUAGGGAAAGAGGAAGCUGCUCUAUAUCGCCGCCUAGUGACUGUCCUACGCCAUUGUCUGCUGCUGUCAUGUGAUGGAGCAGACACGCUGGAAGAACUACAAGGACAUACAGUAAACAUCCUGUCAGCCCUGCCCCUGACCUGUCUGGAUGUUCUGCUGGCUGUCCCUGUGGACCAGGCAUCCCAUAAAUAUGAAGGUGUCAACAUGGACUGUGUCCACGCAUUGCUACUGUUCAUGGACAGACGACUGAACAGGGGUCAAAAGCUGAAAGAGAAGCUAACUCCUGUACUAAGUUUACUGACUGAGAGUUCUCGGGUCCACAGGGGGACACGUCACUACUUACGACAAAAGAUCUUACCCCCUCUGAGGGAUGUUGCUGUUCGACCUGAGCAGGACAGUACGCUCAGAGGCCAGCUGGUCCGCCUGAUGACCCAUGUCGACACUGAUGUGAAGGACUGUGCUGCUGAGUUGCUGUUUGUGCUCUGCAAAGAAAAUGUCAGCCGCUAUGUUAAAUACACCGGUUAUGGCAACGCUGCUGGGCUGCUGGCAGCGCGGGGUCUGCUGAAUGGCAGGAGGAACUCUGGUGACGGCCAGUUUGCCUCCCACUACUCCAGCGACUCAGACUCAGACACUGAGGAAUACCGGGAGGCCAGAUCCAAGAUAAACCUGGUGACAGGCCGGGUGGAGGCAGAGCAGCCCGAUCCAAUGGAAGGCAUGACAGAGGAAGAGAAGGAGGAGGAGGCCCGCCGUCUUAUCUGCAUGAUCAACAGACUAUCACAAGACCAGAUUAUUCAGCCCAUGGGUGUGACAGCAGAUGGCAGACUGGCUCCUCUAUGGGGCCAAAUGAGGGGCUGCACGGAGGAGGAGGAUGAGGAGGAGGAACAGGAUUUGAAUUCAAUGCCAGGGUUGAAAGACAAAACAAUCAAAUAGCAAAGCAUUUUUCCUGCUACACUCACACAGAAAUGACCAAGAUGGCGGGCAUCUGCAGGCUGGAGAGAGAACUGUUAUUUAAACCCACCUCUUUGUUGCUGAAUAUUAUAAUGCAGCAUUCUGUUGCUUCAAGCUCAAACUAGAUCAGGAUUUUUAUUUAUACACUUAAAUCAGAGUGAUCAUUCUGUUGCUGCAUCAACAGCAAAUGUAAAAUAGGAUAGUGUGUCAGAUAAUGAUGCUGGAAGGAAGUUAAUGUGUUAAUGAGUAGAAAUGAGAGAAAUAAAUAGAUGUAAGAAUGAAGCACUAUAUUUUCAGCUGAAUUCAUGUUUUCUCUGUUUGCAUUCGAACCUCUAAGGCAUUCAUGAAUGCCUGGUGUUAAUCUCAGCUGCUAACACAGUGUAGACAAUGUAUGCUUUUCCCUGUGCAGGACAAUAAAAAUGAAGCUCUUUUAAA